AUGUCGUUGGGCUUCAUUGUUUUGGUUACUCCUUGGACAAUACAGGAAGUGGUGGCGGCCUGCACAGGGUCAAGGGCUCCAGGACCUCUAGACUUCCUGGCUACUUGGAUGGCGCUUAGCAACAGUUUUUGGAAUCCUUUCUUGUAUUGGCUCCUAAACAAUAAUUUUAGAAGGAUAAGCAGAGAACUAUUGUUCAGUAGAUUCCGAUGUAGAAGACGCAGGGAACAAAAAUACCAUCACAAGCAACAUCAGGCGCAGCACUUCUGCAGUAACAGUAGUUCCGGUGUGAUACACGCCCAGGGUUGCGAGUUAGAGGGCUUAUCAGAAAAGUAUUGGGGCGAAAUCCUAGAAAGGACUUUGUCCUCCAGUUCUCUGCACGCACUUCAAAGAGCCUUUUCGCAGCCCAGAAUGGACGGUUGCAACGGUAUUCAGGAGAUGAUAGUGUUCGAUACGGCGGUGCCGGAUUUAUGA